UUUAAAUAGAGACUAGAGUACAUGAGUGUGAGUUUUGAGUAAUUAAAAAAAUGGCAGCGUUAAAGGAAAUUGUUUCUCGUUAUCAAAAUUUAAAAAAUGAAUGGUCUAAACAACCGAGUAAUUUAAACAAAUGUGGUGAAUUACUUAAUCAAUUAAAGGUCGGGUUGACGCAUUUAAUGUUUUUGCCGACUUCAAAUACCCCAGCGAAUCAAAAGGAAUUACUUAUAGCUCGUGACAUAUUGGAAAUCGGAGCGCAAUACAGUAUAGCAACUGAGGAUAUACCGUCAUUUGAACGUUACAUGUCUCAAUUAAAAUGCUACUACUUUGAUUACAAAUCAGCUUUGCCUGAAUCAGCAUACAAAUAUCAAUUACUAGGAUUAAAUUUACUAUUUUUAUUAUCACAAAAUAGAGUAGCGGAAUUUCAUACAGAGUUGGAGUUACUUCCGGUUGAUCAAAUUCAAUCAAAUGUUUACAUUCGUCAUCCAUUGAGUUUGGAACAAUGUUUGAUGGAGGGGUCAUACAACAAAAUAUUUCUCGCAAAAGGAAAUGUACCCGCGGCAUCGUACAACUUUUUCAUUGAUAUACUGCUCAAUACAGUGCGAGAUGAAAUAGGCGCGUGUAUGGAAAGCGCGUACGACAAAAUUUCGCUAAAGGACGCAGCGAGGAUGUUGAAUUUAAAUACAGAAAAGGAAACGAUGGCAUUUGGGAGUAAAAAAGGCUGGAAGGUAACUUCUGAUGGAUGCUUCAACUUUAGUACUUCACAUGAAAAGAAAUUCGAAGAGCCAAUUCCAAGUGCCGAAUUAGUAACACUUGCCAUUGAUUACGCAAGAGAACUUGAAAUGAUUGUCUGAAUAAUAAUAAUUAAACAAAAAAAAUUAAUAAUUAUUUAAUAGCUUAAAAUUUUCUAAAUAUCUUUCAUUGUCAUAAAUUUUUUUUCUUUUUGUUUAAAUAUAAACACUAAUAUUAA